CAAGGGCUAGGGGCGCGAGACUCGCCUCUUUUUAUUCUCUCCUCUUCUGCCCGGAGCCAACCGCCCCGGUGCGCGCGGACAUCUCGCGCCGCCGCUCCCUCCUCCCUGCCCCUCCCCCUUCGGGAGCUCCCGCCCGCGCGCUCCUCCUCCCCUUUCCCCGGCGACGCGCACGCGCGCCAGGCCGGCUCGCGCCCUCUCGCUUUCCUCUGGCCCGCGAGACCCCCUCCCCUUCCGCCUCGCGGCGCUUCCUCGCGCCGCGGUCUUCUCUAUCCACCCCCGACAUCGCGGGGCUCCCCCGCCCGCCAACGGCGGGUCCCCGGCUUCCCAAGCCCCCUCGCUUCCCGCGCUCUCCAGCGGGGGCCUAGCCCCGGCCUCCUCUCUCCCUCCCUUCCCCCUAAUUCCCCUUCCGGACGCUGCCAUCAUGUUGAAGCCUCAGCCGCCACAACAGACCUCCCAGCCCCAGCAGCCGCCCCCCACGCAACAGGCCGUGGCCCGCCGGCCUCCCGGGGGCACUAGCCCUCCCAACGGCGGCCUCCCGGGGCCCCUGGCCUCCACCUCGGCUCCCGCAGGGCCUCCCGCGGCCGCUUCUCCCUGCCUGGGGCCUGCAGCCGCCGCCGGGAGUGGGCUCCGCCGGGGAGCCGAGGGCAUCUUGGCGCCGCAGCCCCCGCCGCAGCAACAGCAUCAGGAGAGGCCGGGGGCAACGGCUAUCGGCAGCGCCAGGGGACAGAGCACAGGAAAGGGACCCCCACAGUCACCGGUGUUCGAGGGUGUCUACAACAAUUCCAGAAUGCUGCAUUUUCUUACAGCUGUUGUGGGCUCUACCUGUGAUGUAAAGGUGAAGAAUGGUACCACCUAUGAAGGUAUCUUCAAGACUCUGAGCUCAAAGUUUGAAUUAGCAGUAGACGCUGUACACAGGAAAGCAUCUGAGCCAGCAGGUGGCCCUCGUCGGGAAGACAUUGUGGACACCAUGGUGUUUAAGCCAAGCGAUGUCAUGCUUGUCCACUUCCGAAAUGUUGACUUCAAUUAUGCUACUAAAGAUAAAUUCACUGAUUCAGCCAUUGCCAUGAACUCGAAGGUGAAUGGGGAACACAAAGAGAAGGUGCUUCAGCGCUGGGAAGGGGGCGACAGCAACAGCGAUGACUAUGACCUGGAGUCUGACAUGUCCAAUGGAUGGGACCCCAACGAAAUGUUCAAGUUCAACGAGGAGAACUAUGGUGUGAAGACCACCUAUGACAGCAGUCUUUCUUCUUACACGGUGCCCUUGGAGAAGGACAACUCAGAAGAGUUUCGUCAGCGGGAGCUGCGUGCAGCCCAGUUGGCUCGAGAGAUUGAAUCGAGCCCCCAGUACCGCCUGCGGAUCGCCAUGGAGAACGAUGAUGGGCGGACAGAGGAGGAGAAGCACAGUGCAGUGCAGCGGCAGGGUUCAGGACGGGAGAGCCCCAGCUUGGCAUCUAGGGAGGGAAAGUACAUCCCUCUACCCCAGCGAGUUCGGGAAGGUCCCCGGGGAGGAGUUCGAUGCAGUAGUUCCCGGGGUGGCCGGCCUGGCCUUAGCUCUUUGCCACCUCGUGGCCCUCACCACCUUGACAGUAGCAGCCCCGGCCCGGGUUCUGAGACACGUGGUAUCAAUGGAGGCCCUUCCCGCAUGUCCCCUAAGGCACAGCGGCCCCUGAGAGGUGGUGCCAAGACUCUGUCUUCACCCAGCAGUAGGACUUCUGGAGAAGCUUCUGUUGCACCUCCUCCUGCAGUGGGCCGGAUGUACCCCCCGCGCUCUCCCAAGUCGGCUGCUCCUGCCCCAAUCUCAGCUUCCUGUCCUGAUGCCCCCAUGGGCUCAGCAGUACCGACCUCUUCAGCUUCCAUCCCUGUGACAUCAUCGGUUGUGGAUCCUGGAGUAGGCUCCAUUUCCCCUGCUUCUCCAAAGAUCUCAUUGGCCCCCACAGAUGUAAAAGAACUUCCAGCCAAGGAACCUGGGAGAACUCUGGAGUCCCAGGAGCUGUCCCGGAUAGCUGGGAAAGUUCCUGGCCUUCAGAAUGAACAGAAACGCUUUCAACUGGAAGAACUGAGGAAAUUUGGGGCCCAGUUUAAGCUGCAGUCCAGUAGCGCCUCUGAGACCAGCCUGGAUCCUUUUCCUCCCCGGAUCUUAAAGGAGGAGGCCAAAGGAAAAGAGAAGGAGGUUGAUGGUCUAUUGACUUCAGAGCCAGUGGGGUCCCCAGUCUCCUCGAAAACAGAGUCCGUAUCAGAUAAGGAGGACAAGCCAGCACUGCCGCUGGCGGGAGGCACGGAGGGCCCAGAGCAGCCCCCGCCACCUUGCCCAAGCCAAACUGGCAGCCCCCCGGUGGGCCUCGUCAAGGGCGACGACAAGGAUGAGGGCCCGGUCGCUGAACAAGUGAAGAAGUCAACACUGAACCCCAAUGCCAAGGAGUUCAAUCCCACAAAGCCUCUGCUAUCUGUGAAUAAAUCCACCAGUACCCCCACUUCUCCGGGGCCCCGGACUCAUUCUACUCCCUCCAUCCCGGUGCUGACAGCAGGCCAGAGUGGGCUCUACAGUCCCCAGUACAUUUCCUACAUACCUCAGAUCCACAUGGGACCAGCUGUUCAGGCCCCUCAGAUGUAUCCGUACCCUGUAUCCAAUUCUGUGCCUGGACAGCAGGGCAAAUACCGGGGAGCAAAAGGCUCCCUGCCCCCGCAGCGCUCAGACCAGCACCAGCCAGCCUCAGCCCCUCCGAUGAUGCAGGCCGCUGCCGCGGCCGGCCCACCUCUGGUGGCUGCCACGCCGUACUCUUCCUACAUCCCUUACACCCCGCAGCAGUUCCCAGGCCAGCCCGCCAUGAUGCAGCCCAUGGCCCACUACCCCUCGCAGCCGGUGUUUGCCCCCAUGCUUCAGAGCAACCCACGCAUGCUGACGUCGGGGAGCCAUCCCCAGGCCAUCGUGUCGUCCUCCACCCCUCAGUACCCUUCUGCAGAGCAGCCCACCCCCCAAGCCCUCUAUGCCACUGUUCACCAGUCCUAUCCACACCAUGCCACGCAGCUCCAUGCCCACCAGCCGCAGCCGGCCACCACGCCUACUGGGAGCCAGCCGCAGUCCCAGCAUGCGGCCCCCAGUCCCGUCCAGCACCAGGCGGGGCAGGCCCCACACCUGGGCAGUGGACAGCCACAGCAGAAUCUGUACCACCCAGGGGCCCUGACAGGCACGCCGCCUUCUCUGCCACCGGGACCUUCUGCCCAGUCCCCUCAGAGCAGCUUCCCCCAGCCAGCCGCUGUGUAUGCCAUCCAUGCCCACCAGCAGCUGCCCCACGGCUUCACCAACAUGGCCCAUGUUACCCAGGCCCAUGUCCAAACUGGAAUCACAGCAGCCCCGCCCCCUCACCCUGGGGCUCCCCACCCGCCCCAGGUGAUGCUGCUGCACCCACCCCAGAGCCAUGGGGGCCCCCCCCAAGGCGCGGUGCCCCAGAGUGGGGUGCCUGCACUCUCAGCUUCCACACCCUCACCCUACCCCUACAUCGGACACCCCCAAGCUCCCCUUCCACCCCCCGGGGAACUGAAGAUUGUCCUGGCCGCGACCUGAGACCUCCAUGAGUGGAGGGAAGAGUGAUCUAUGUCUCUUCCCCCAGCAGCUCGGACCAGUCCCAGCCCCCCAAUCCCCCCUUUCCCCCCCGGGGGAGCUGGGGAAUUCCUGCCAAGCACCUUGAAGGGGAGGGGCCUCAGAGUGGGCAGGGCCAGGGUCCAGCGGGGGUGGGGGGUUCCUGCUCUGCCCCUGCCCAUCCCCACCCCAUCUUGCCCUCCCAUCCUCUCAUCUAUCCCCCGCUGGAGAUGGAAGAUCUUUUAUUUUCUAUUAUUUAUAACCUCAGACUUGGGCCCCCUGUUUCUU